AUGACAAAAAGAUCAUCGAAAAUAGUAUCAGAUGAUACCAAUAAUACCACACCUAAUAAAGAUUUUAACUAUACGGACAAUUCAUCAUCAAGUCGAAUAUCAACAACAGUCGUAGUUUCAUCCAAUACAUCCAAAGAUAAUAAUAAUAACACCCGUACAGUUGAUAAAAACACCCAACAACAAACACAAGUUGUUGUUAGUCCAUUAUUAAAUCCAGAUAUAAAAAUUGAUGAUGAUAUUGAUUUUGAUACAAGCUCAAGCAUCAGCUACAAACGAAAAGAAGCACCAACAAAAAAUUCAAACAAGAAGAAAAUUGUUAAAACGUCUAUCAACACCACAAUAACAUCAUUAAAUGUUACUUUAAAUUCUGAUACAAAUAAUGAUGAUGAAACUAAUGUUCAACAGUUAAAAGAACUAUCAAACAUAUGGCAAUAUGCUAUUCGAAAUGAUAAUAAGUCAUUUGCUACAUGUUUAUUAUGUGAUAAACAGAUAUCUACUAGCAACUGGUCAACUUCUUCUGUUCGUCGUCAUUUAAUCCAAGUCCAUGAUAAAACAGAAUUAAUUUUAUCAGAUGAAGAAAGAAAAAAAAAGUCAUCGAAUAUACGACAAGAUCUUAAAGAAAAGCUCCACAACUUAUGCGUUGAAGCUAUAAUACGAGACAGCUUACCAUUUAAAGCUUUCAACAAACCAGGUUUAUCAAAGUUGCUGCAAGAAGCAGUGCCUGAGAAUAUUAUUGGUAUAUUUGAUUUUCUAGGUGUUGAUCGUUUACGUACGAAUCUUGAAAAAUCAAUUGUGACAAAUAAAACAGAUGUAGUAGUACAAGAAAAUGAUACAACAAAUCAAAACCAUUCACCUUAUCAAUUACAGGAAGAUGAUCAUGAAAUAACAGAUUCUGACGAGGAUGAACAGGAAGAAGAUCACGAUGAUGAUGAUUUGAUAAAUAUAGAUGGUGGUGAAGAUGAUGAAGAUGAAGAUGAUAAUGAUCUUAUUAAUGAAGAUGAUGAAGAUCAUAAUAUCAGUACUUAUGAAGAAGAUGAUGAAGAUGAUAAUUCAUCAAAUGUUAAUGAACAAGAUACUUUAGAAGAUAAUUGGGGAGAUGAUAUUGAAGUCGACGUUCAUGAUCCAACAUUGGCAAAAGAUCAACAAAUGACAUUAUCAUUAAUGAUAAAAUGUCGUCAAUUAAUAUAUAUGAUAAGAAAAUCUUCAGUUUUAACUGCUUAUACUACAAGACAACGUAAAUUGUCAAAAAUAAAACGUGAUUUUAUACGAGAUAUAUGUAACAGGUGGAACUCAUCCUUUUUGAUGAUUUAUGGACUAACACAUUUACGUCCAGUUAUUGAAAAAAUGUUUAAUGAAAAAUAUGAUUUGAAUUUAAAACAUAAACAAAUAAAAAAAUUAAAUAUGUUAGAAAUAUCAAGUACUGAAUGGAAUUAUUUAAAUCAGCUGAAACAUGUUCUUGCAAGCUUUUAUCAUGCAACAAAGGCGUUGUGUGGGAGUAAUUAUCCUUCAAUUGGUUCUACCUUUUUUUUUAUAAACAAAUUGAAGCUGUUCUUAAUGAAGGAUAAAGAGGACAAUGUAAUAGUAAAACGUUUAAAAAAAUUACUAUUAACAAAAAUGGUACAUUAUUUUGAAGAAGAUCGAAAUCAGUUCAAUCUUCUUAAAUUUCAUAGUUAUUUUGAUCCAACAGGUUUUACAGCUUUGUCAGAUGCAGACAAACGACUCGUCGAAUAUGAAAUUAAACAACUUUCAAAAAAUGAUGACUUAGUCAUUAAUAAUCUAUCAUUAACCGCAUCAUCAUCAUCAACAACAAUAACAUCAACACCAUCUGCUACAAGUUUAUCAACAACAACUAGUACAUCAAUUUCUGUAAAUACAUCAUCAAUAUCCAAAACUAGUAAAAAACCAAAAUUAACAUCAAUGGAAGCGUUUCUUGAAAGUGUGGGGGACGACCCUUCACAAAUACAAACUACUACAUCACCACCAACGAUCGUUGAAGAAAUCUACGAUUAUCGGUUGCUAAUCACCAAAUACAAUUCGUGUCAUAAACCAUUAACGUCGUCUUGCACACAGUUUUGGAAAACAUAUGGAGCCAAUUUUCCUCGUCUUUUUAAAUUAGCUAAACAAUUUUUAUGUACGCCGGCCACAAGUGUCGCGUCAGAGUCUGCCUUUUCAACAGCAGCUUUUAUAAAUCGAAAAGAGAGAUCUAGAUUAUCACUCGAACAGCUUGCUGCAACUGUUUUCUUGAAAGUAAGUUUCUAA